UUAUAAUGCCAAAUGGUUUGGGGUAAAUAUCAUAAAUCAGUUGUGGUUUAGCUGCUGAACUUCCAGCUGCUAUUCAAACAAAAAAGCCCAAGCAUAUUUUAGGAAUAAUAGGAAAUUUCUCAGUCUGAAGGUGCAGCAAUAGCCGCUGGGAGUCCCUUGCAUUUAAGCAUAUAUCCUUCUAAAACUUCUGUGUUAAAAUGAAUUCAAGAAUGAUUUGAAGUGUAAGGCCAGAUGCAAUACUGUUUUAUAGGCAAAAUAUGCUUAAGUGUCAAUCAGUUUAGCUAUUGCUCUCUAAUAGAUUCUGUCUCUUUGGGGAGGGUAGCAGUAAGGUUGACCUCACAAUAUGCCAGGUAGCUACAAAUAUGAAAUUACCCUGCAACUGCCUUUUGUCAUAUUUAUCUCUGCAUAUGCAACUAGCUGGCUUAAACCUGAGGAGAGAUCAGAAUUCCCUAAACUUUUCCUAGAUAAGAACUGAACAAGUUAAUGUUGUUAUGAUAAUUCAGACAAGUAGAUUUUUCAGCACCAGUAAGUGUGUUAGAUAUGAAAUUGUUGCCUUUGAACUUCAGCAGAGGCACUGUGGUGUCUGCUUCGUGUGAGAUGAGUUGAGUCUUCUGUGUUUUACAGCUGGUUAAAGAAUAAUUCAUACUACAAAAGUGUGCCGUGUAAACAAGAGCUCUGUUUUAAUUGAACCUCAGCGAAUAUACAAGUUCCAUGAAUAACGUGAUUCAGUGUUCCCUCUGUAAUAUUUUACUUAAAAGUAAUCUGAUUCAAGCACUUGGUUGAAUGCUUAAUUUCUAGAGUCUGUAACUUUCCAGUGAGCCUUGAAAGUGUUUAAUGAAAGUAUUGUUGCCUUUGUGAAAUGAAAAGUUAGUUUGCCAAAAUGCAAGGCAAGUAUGGUUUCCCAGUUUAAAUGAAAAUGCAUGCUGAAAGUCUAAAAUUUAUUCUAAGUUUUUUAAGGUGCCUCUGGAUUUGAAUCUGGUAGUGAUGUGUUGCAAACAUGAAUAGUUUGCUAAUUUUUAGGUUUAAAACAAUUGGCUAUUAAACUCUCUGCAUCUUUUUUUUUUUUUACUGUCCUUUGGAUACAGAAAAGGGAUGGUGGGAUCUGCAUCUGGAUUUAAUGCUCGCCUUGUUUUUUAUGUGGUUCUGCAAAGCCCUUCCAACAUUGCUGAAUUUGCCUGAGGGCAUGUUGUUACAGCUCUUUCUGACUUACUUCAUUACAAUAACUGCUGCCAUCAAAAGGCUUUCCUCCAGGAGCAUGGGCAGUGCUUCUUUUUAACCCGUGGUUCAGUAGUUUUGUCUGAGUUAAUAUGAGGUUGGAAAUCUGUUUCAGUGUCUACAAAUUCAAUAAAAAUGAGUGCCAGGGAAGAGGUGCUGGGACCUUGUCUACUGAUGGAAGGGGAUUUUGCAGCAUCUUCUCAUUUUUUUUGUUGGUAAAACAUACAAUGGUGAAAGAUGAAAAACUUAACUGCAGAAAAAGCUUUCCUGAGAACAUCCUCCUUUGUAGACCUCAGCUCAUUCUGUGGGAGGAAGAAUUUGAUAAUGGAGAAAAUGCUAAUCAUGUAUGAUUGUACAAGACGUCUUGAAUCCACAGAGGGAAGGAUGACAUCUCUUUGAAGUUCUUAUGCUUGGAAAACAGGUCCUGUGAAAGUAGAUAUGCUUUCAAGAAAUAUUUCUUCUACAAGUGAGAAUGAAACACUGAGUAGAUCCCAAAAUUUGACAGACAGCUUGCAGAGCUUAACCUCAGCAAGAAAGGAGGAAUUCCCAACAACAGCCAAAAUCAAUUCGGUGAUGGCAGGACAGCCACUUACACCCAAUGGUGACUCUUUGUCACCCGUUGUCCCUGCUAGUCCCGUGUCACAGGUGGAUGUUGAUGCUUCUGAAGAUACUAAAAUUGAGGAAGAAGAUCUUCUAACAGAUUUGAAAGACACACUAAGUGAUUCCCCACCCAUCAUAAAAGAAACUAUGGAGUCAGAUGGAGAUGACUAUGCUUAUGAAAUGACACCGAAUUCCAGAUAUAAUGCAGACCUUCUAGAGAUAUCAGAAGAUGACAACUCUGACACCAUCAGUAAUUACAAUGAGGAGAUCAAGACCCUUGAUGAGAAGAUAAAAGCUGUUUCUGUCUCGGGGUUGGAUGAAGAAGAAGAAGACAGCCACUUUUUUUUUCAUUUGGUUGUAGUUGCCUUCUUAGUAGCUGUUGUUUAUGUCACCUAUCACAAUAAGAGGAAGAUCUUCUUACUGGUGCAGAGCCGAAGGUGGAGGGAUGGCCUGUGCUCCAGGACAGUGGAAUAUCAUCGUUUAGAUCAAAACGUUAACGAAGCGAUGCCUUCCCUGAAAAUAACCAAUGAUUACGUGUUUUGAAAGCACUGUCAUUUGAGUUUGCUAAACUUGCCACUCUCCCUGCCCAGUCAUGUAAUGAUAUUCAGGUAUUCUAAAUAAGCUGCUUGUAUGGAAAUGAGAUGUAUUCUUUUUGACCUGGAUGCUUUGGAGAUUAAAUGUCAUGGAAGAUCAAAGGCAUGAUCCGUCUGUUUGCUACUUUGGUUGGGUUUUAUAUCAACUGUAAAGACAGUUUAAUAAAUUAGUGCUCUUUCCAUUCACUAAGCAUCGUUCCCUUCUGUCUGGAGCAGUCUUGAUAGUCAUACUACAAAAAAAGCAUAAAAUAUUUUAGGUCUAAUAAAUUAAUGACUUUGGCAUCACUAAAUGAAAUUAAUGAUCUCUUUGCUAAUCACUUCCAUGGCUCACAAAUUCCCCUAUAUUGCGGACUUAAAAUACAAUUACUUUUUUCUGUGCUUAAAUUCUGAUGCUGCAAGUCUUUAAUCUCAUUUUUUUUUUCUGUUUCUGUUUUCUUGUUGCAUAAUUUGAUGCUAUUUUGGCAAAAUAGCUAGAAUGGCAGUUUAAUAAUUUCUGUAUGCGUACAUGCUGUAAAUAAUUUAAAAAUAAAUAACCCAUUUAAUUUCAGAAGUUUUAUACCAUAUAUUUCCUAAAAUGUUUAAGGUGUUUGUGAAGGUAUGCAGCUUCUUGCCUCUCCUUUUUUUUUUUUCUCAGAUGCUAUUUAUGACUACUUCAUUGUCUCUGUAAUUAAUGAGUGGAAAACAAGCCUUGUUGAAUAAUCUUACUAAUAUAUAGAUAGCUGACAGGCUUUCAAUGCAUCAAAGCUUUCUGUUGAAUUUUAAGACAAUUGGGAAAUGGCUGUGUGAUUUGUUCUAUUAUAAAUGGGAGAAACUGUAAGAAUAACUUAUUUGGUUGUUUUUCUGACCCAGGUAACAGAUGGGUGAAAGUAAGGGUGUGGGGGCUACCGUCUGUGGACAGUGCACUCUCAUUUUUGACAAACAUUUAUGCAUUAGUGUAAAUCAAGUUUUUGCUACACUAGUUUUUUUUUUUUAUUUUUGUUUGUUUUUAAAUUUGUGUUUUGUACUUCCAUUAUUUAUGUUUUUGUGAGUUGUAAAAUAUAAAAUUUUAGUUUUCUGUACAUUCUGUUUGUGAUUUAGUUUUCAGACUGAGACAUUUGUAAAUAAUGGUGAAUCAGAACCCAUUAAUUAAUGACUUGGUAUUCAAGUAGUUAUGUAACAUUUGGAAACAAAUCAGCUUCAUGCCUGUUGGCAUGAAGAGUUUGGAGGCAUGGUACUGUCUUAGGAAUGAAAUACAAAAAGUCCUAUAUCCUAAUGUUAUAUGCAUUCUUUUUAUAAGCACAGGAAGUAAAGCACAAACAAGAUAUCCCAAGACUCUUUUCUUGCAGUAAUUUUUAUUGUAUUUGGACUUGUAUCACUUAAUAUUUUGAAUAAGGUUUUUAAAAUAAAUUACAAUAAUAAGCCUGUG